AUGGUGGGCUCUGGGAUCCCAGUGCUGGGCCUGCUCCUGCUGCUGCAGGGCACCGUAGAGGGGAAUGGAAUCCAGGGAUUCUUCUAUCCGUGGAGCUGUGAGGGGGAUGUGUGGGACCGUGAGAGCUGCGGGGGCCAGGCGGCCAUCGAGAACCCCAACCUGUGCCUGCGCCUGCGAUGCUGCUACCGUGACGGCGUGUGUUACCACCAGCGGCCUGAUGAAAAUAUGCGCAGGAAGCACAUGUGGGCGCUGGGCUGGACGUGCGGAGGCCUCCUUUUCUUGAUCUGCAGCAUCUGCCUGUUCUGGUGGGCCAAACGCCGAGACCUGGUGCACCUGCCCAUGUUCCUUCAAGGCAAAUGCGACCUGUCCAGGACGGUCUCACUGCUGUCCAAGGACCGGGCCAGCGAGAAGAAGACGCCAUCGGUCGGCAGCAUGCCCGCUGUCCUGCCUGUGGAGGGGGACAUGGGCAUGGAAGGGGAGGGAACCACGGAAGGCGGCGAGGAAACGGAAGGGGGAGAGGAUGAAGAUUAG